AUGAAAAAACAAUUCCACAAGAUCAUUCAUCGACUCGAAUUUCUCCAAUCACGAUCGAUCAUUUCUGAUCGUCAAAUUUCCUUCCUUUCACGAUCAUCCUUACUGAAUCUUUCAUCACCGGAGAAUCUCACAUCAUCUCUGAAUGAUCAUCAUGGCCACGAUCGUUUCUUUUCCUCUUGUAAUAUCAUUUCAAAACAAUUUUCUAACAAUUAUGAAAGAAAAGACUUUCGAGGAGAAGAUUCUCGUCAUGAUGAUCAUGAUCAAAAAAUUCAUUCAUUGGGAUCGAGAAAAAAGAUUCUUUUCGCAUGGUUGAUUGCUAUUGGAAUUGGGUCUACUUUAUAUUGGAUUGAAACGGAUGAUCAAGAGGAGAAUGGUUUAUUGUUGUUGUCGGUUCAGGAUUCAGCGGCAACGACCAUGACACCUCGAACCACACGUCAUCAUGGAGUGAUUAAUGAACAUCAUGGAACUGGAAAGAAGAAAUUGGUUGUGUUAGGAAGUGGAUGGGGAAGUGUUUCUUUGAUUAGUGACAUUGAUCUCAAUUUAUACGAUGUCUAUGUCGUCUCUCCUCGAAAUUAUUUUUUAUUCACACCCAUGCUUCCAUCAGCAUUGGUUGGAACUGUUUCAUUACAAUCCAUUAUUGAACCUAUUCGACGAGUGUUGGAACGAAAACGUCGAAAAUCUCAAUCUCAUGACAAUAUUGGUUUGAUUGAGUAUUUCGAAGCUGAAUGCUUCGACGUCGAUCCCAUUUCUCAAACUGUCAAAUGUCGAGACAUGUCCAAUUUUGUCGUGGAACAUGCCCAUCAUGGAGCCAAUCAAUUUGAAUUGAAAUAUGAUAAAUUAGUGAUUGCUGUAGGAGCUCAACCUAAUAGUUUUGGAGUGAAGGGAGUUGAGGAGUUUAGUGUUCCCAUGAAACAACCUGAACACGCUCAAAUGUUGAGAGAACGAUUGUUGGAUGCUUUGGAAUCGGCUUGCUUACCUCAUUUGACUGAAGAAGAGAGAAGAAAUGCGUUGAAGAUUGUUGUGGUUGGUGGAGGACCAACAGGAAUUGAAUCAGUGGGUUAUUUGGUGGAUUUUAUCAAACAAGAUGUGAGCAAGUUAUUUCCAAAAGAUAUUGUCGACAAGAUUCAAAUUAUCAUGAUUCACAGCUCUGACCAUAUUCUCAACAUGUACGACGCUAAAAUUGUUGAAUUAACUGAAAAACAAUUCAAACUUAAUAAUGUCGACGUGAGAACAAAUGCACGAGUCAUUGAAGUUCGAGAAAAGGAUUUACUAGUUGCUAAUAAGGUCGAUGGUGGAAACAAAUCAGAACCUUAUUCGUUGCCUUUCAGUGUUUGUAUUUGGACGACUGGUAUUUCACAAGUGCCACUUGUCAAAACACUUGUUGACAAGAUUCCUGCUCAAAAGAAUGAAAAGUCACUGGUCAUUAAUGGAUAUUUGCAAGUCAUUGGUUUGCAACAUGUCUACGCACUUGGAGAUUGUAGCAAAAUUCAACAACCUCAACUCAUCAAAAAAUAUGAAUCAUUCUAUGAAGAGGCAGACACCAAUCACGAUGGAAUUUUGACGUAUGAAGAAUUAGAAGCUCUUAUCAAGAAGAAGGAAAAAGAAUAUCCACAUUUUGUGAUUAUUAAUCAAAAAUUGAAAAAACUGUUCGAGAAGGCAGAUAUCAAUCAUGAUGGCGUGUUGAGUAAGGAAGAAUUCAAGACUUUAUUAGAACAAAUUGAUAAUGAAUAUUAUUCUCCAUUGCCAUUGACAGCUCAAGUGGCCUCACGUCAAGGAAAAUAUUUGGCUGAAUGUUUGAAUCAAAUAGAGGAACAAAACGAGGAAAAUGUCAACCUUACACCAUUCAUGUACAAACAUUUGGGAUCGUUUGCAUAUAUUGGAAGUAAUCAUGCUGUGGCAGAUUUGGGUGCAAUGAAAAUGGGUGGUUUCACUACUUGGUGGCUUUAUCGAGCUGCUUAUUUCUCAAAACAGGUGUCAUGGAAGAAUAGAUAUUGUUUGGCAUCAGAUUGGAUUCGAACGACACUUUUUGGACGGGAUGUUAGUCGAUUUUAA